AUGUCCGUUGUAUUUUUAGUAUAUGUGGUCGUAAUGCAAAGCCUGUCAUCAAAUAUUAGAGUGGAAUCUGUUUCACCAAGCUGUUCUUUAAAAUUGUGUAGUUUAUUUCAUUAUGUGUUUGGAUAUUUGCAGUUUAUAUCACUCGAUUUUUUUGAUAAUAAGCCUCUAAAACUUAUCUUACAAACAGUUAUUACAGAUUUUAGUAACAUUAGUUUAGAAGAAAAUGACUUAAUCAAAGAUCUAACAAACAAAUCUAUAUUUGAUGGAUCAUUGACUGAUUGUGGUAAACCUGCCCUAGAUUGA